UGAAAUGAAGGUAUUCACUGGCAGUGGCAGCAAGAAGGUGUCCUGUAUGCAAACAGCAGAGACAUUCACAAAGUUAAUGUAUUUCCAAAUGUCGAAGGGAUGAAUGUAAUGUCUUCAGAACGUGCUAAUGCUUUGAUAGAAGAGUCUCAGCCAGGCAGAGGGUAAACGUAAUGUGUGUUUAGCGUGGAAUGGAUCAUACCGGCUAGAAAACUUCCCCACCACUCUCCUUGCUUAUAUCCCAGCUAACGCCAUGAAUCGGACCCAGAUCGACAAACUCCCUGCUUCAAUACUCCGAGGGAAGUUGUGAUUUCAAAUAUCACCGGGGUUCCUCAAUACCCCUGCUGAUAGGAUGUAAUAGGAUACAAAGUGACUCUAUGAUCCAGAGGUGGAAGGGUGUUUGUGUAUUUUACUGACAUUUUGUUAAGUUACUGACCAUUUCAAGCUUCAGGCUUCACUCAUGGCUGGUUGUGUCCUAUAAACUGGUGAACGCAUAAAGGCUUUAGAUAAUGGGUAAUGGUGAGCUGGUUGGCCGACUAUGACGAGGAGUGUUGAGAUGAGAGGAUCGGAACUCUGCUCCGGAUGAUCAGCGUUGGACAGGCGUCGGGACAGACUUAUUCGGGUUUAGUCUCGUGUUCGGCAGACAAGACACAUGAUCAAGCGACUCAGUGGAUUGAUUAUUACCUGUGUGUUGGAUUAAUACGAGAACCGAUGUGAUUAUAAGGCACAGCGGCUUAGAUCUUUCGUAAACUGAUGUCGCUGGUUAGUUUGACAAGUGAUAGGAUCAGUGGCUCGUGAUUAGUUUGAAAAGGAGACGGCAGCUAUGAUGUUGCUGAACUGAAGAGUCACAGCCGAUGAUACGUGUGCAGUAUUUCGUGGACACAAAGUAACUGCUUUCAUUUAAAAGAUAAGAAUCUGUCAUUGGAGCCUUGAAACACAUGGUUGGUUGAAAAUUUGAAUGCACUGAGGUAGAUUCAUAUGACGCAGCACAAAUAUCAAGGAGAAAGGAGUUAUUGUGUACAGUGAAGGGAUUAUUGUUUGUUAUUUCGAACAAGUUGUGAUCAAUGGUGUGAUCAGUGAAGUUAGAAGUCAAACUGUGAAGCUGUUACAACUAGACUCCUGACUAAGACAGAAGGGGAGCAGAGACCUCCUUCAGCCUGGAUUACACCACAAUCAACUAAUAGUGCAUGGAAUACGACCAGCACAAAAUGAAAGAGUUAAACUCCUGUGGAGCAGAAAAUCUCAAGGUACAUCGAUCUGUUGCUGCAAUCAACCGAUGUAAUUUGGAACAGUUUCUUGUUUGCUGAUGUGCAAAAAAUCAGAUUAUUUGCAAUUUCGGGAGUUGAAAUAGUCGUUUCUGAAGGUGCUGAUGACCCGAAUAGGUUCAAGUGGUCAAGAAGAAUAUAUCAAUAUCACUGUGACAGUUAGUGUGAAUUGUUGUAUGCAGUAGACACCGAUUGUGACAGGGAGUCCAAUCUACCAAGUUAUCCACCAGUGUAUGUCGGACACAAGAAUUUUCAACCAAUGACUAGGAUCCUCUAAUGAGCUCUUAAGCCAUCAGCCAACAACUUAAUGGAGAGUUAAUAAUACUAAUGUUAUAUCAAUAAUGGCACCGGUGAAAAAGGUGUCUGUGAAAGCUUGGUUCCAGGAUAUGUUCUCUAUCGUGCUAUAAUGGUCAGUUGGCGGAUACGGAUAUUACCUUUGGACGUUCUGGUCAGUCUGGCGGCGCUAACAUUGGUAGCCACAGAACAAAACAAGAAGCAUGUUCCCCAGCGUCACCGGCACAAGUACGAGCACAGGGAACCGGAGUACAUUGGACCGAUGUACAAGCGCCCUCCCCUCAAGGAUUCCGUGUAUGUGACCCCCAACCAGACGACUGUGAAUGUCCGGAUGGGGCACACGGCACAUCUACCCUGUGUGGUGCAGCACCUGGGCACGAAACAGGUGUCAUGGUAUCGACAGCAUGAGGAGCACAUCCUGACAAUCGGUGACAUGACGUGGGUGAGGAACUCCAACAUCAUCGUGGACUACCACGAAUUCGACAACGACAUCAGCCACUGGAACCUCAGUAUCUCAAAAGCACAGCCUCAGGAUGAAGGCACAUACAUCUGUGAAAUUAUUGAUAAAAAGAAACAGGUACUUCACGUUCGACUUCGAGUGUUAGAUCCGCCAGAUUAUAAACCAGAAAUUCAAAUAUAUGGAAAAGAAUAUGUGGAUUUAGGCGAGGAAGUGCGAUUGAUUUGUAAUGCCACAGGAGGAGACUUGAUCCCAGAGGACAUUGAUUGGUUUAAGGAUGGGGAUAUUGUGGACUCCACGAGAUUUCGAAAUGUCAUAAUAACCAAAUAUCGGUCUCUCGAGGACCAAGCGCUAGUGAGUGAGUUAAUUAUCGACAGGAGUCGAGGAGAGGACUCGGGGACUUAUAUUUGUCGGAGUUCUGAAAAUCUUAUUGAUAGCAUGGAGGUUACGGUUCUUGUUGAGCCCACCGCAAACUCCUCCAAUGUGAAAAGAGGUUCUGGCUCCGGGUCUCAACAUGCUCGGUCGGAACACCCAUUCAACAAGGCAGCACUGCACAUAAGCAGCAGUUUCAACAUGGCCACACUAGUUGCUAUAGCAACCAUUGGUUUCCUGCAACUCUGGAACUCAUGACAGUUGGACUUACCAUGAUCAGAGAUGUAAAAUACUCAGAACUAUAUUCGAAAUUAAAGGGAGGCCUCCUUGCUGUUAAGCGAAGACAAAAGGGAGACAAUUCAGAAGACACACGCUCUGGAACAACUGUGAAACGUUUGUUGCCUAUUAUGGUUACAGAUUGAGUGUUAUGACUGUUUUAACAGAAAAAAUGUAACAAAAUGUGAAGUAGUGAAGAAGUAGCUGUACCUUUACAAGAAGAAGAACUGGGAAGGGAGACUACUUUCAUUACAAGCAUUCAGGGGAGAUAAUGCAAAGCAUUCAGGGGAGAUAAUGCAAUGGAUUUUGUUCAUUGUGUCCCAGGUACAAAGGAUUCAUAGGAAUCAGAGAUAAAGUGGUCAGCAUAUUCCCUGAAAAAAAAUAGCCUGAUUUCAGUUUGUUCAUAUAUGAGCAGACAAACAUACUGCAUCAUCAAAUAUGGUUGAUGACGCAUAUAAACACCAUAUAAAGAUGUGUCAGGCUGAAGAUUGUGAAAUACAAAGAAAAUAGCUGAUAUUUUUCCAUCUAGCGUAGCUAUCAGUGUGUUGACAAACUAUCAAUUUUGGAACAUGACAUUUCUAUAUGAAAUAAAAUGUAUUGAUAAUAUAUGUUGAUUAACUGACGCUAUAUACCAGGAACCACAGGGGACAAAUAGGUGGAUAUUGGAUCACCAAUGAUGAAGCUGUGAAUGACUGGAGCAUGUCUUGUUGCAAAACAGCACAUUGAAAAUCUCCACAGAUGAAGUUUCUACUUUCAACUGCCAAGACAGACAUCAUUUCUGGAAAUAAUAUUCUCUUUUUCCCCUGUUGAAUUUCAAUCAUAUAAAAGAUGCCGAUCUUCCUGUGCUGUUUGAUUGAAACUGAGUUUUGUAAUCAACUCUUUAUAUUGAUUAAUCUUCAUGAAGCUGAUUUUUUAAUUGUAUUGUUUAAUUGGUGAAUAUUUGAUUGAGAAUAAGCGUUUAAAGAAGCAUAAUGUACAUUUUAACCUUAAAUCUUGUUUUAGGGUACUUUAUUAUAAGGAAGUUUUGUUGUAUAUCAAAUGUUUGUUAUUUUCAAUAUUUGUAGUAUUAUGUUUUGUAAUAUUUUCCAAUAUAUUUCACUCAGGUAUGGUAGAUGUUAUUCUAUCAAACCUCAGUAUAUUUUCGUUUUAUUGAAGUUAUAUAGAAAACAAUAAAAUCUGUUAGUCUCAGUUUUGAUCAUUAUGAUUUAAAAAGAACGUGAAACAAUUUCAUAAAAGUUGUACAAUUGUGUACUUUUUAUUUCAGUUAAACUUUCAGUUCAAAUUUGAAUAUGUCAAAUGCAGUAUUAUACUGUGUGAAACUUGUAAGAAUGACACCAUCUCACAAAGAAGAUGUCCAAAUUAUAUUUUAAUAUAAAUGUUCCCACUUUUUGUACAGCCCUGACACUGAUUAUGAUGUACAUAGCCAAGCUAGAGCCAGCCGCAACACUUGAUACAACUGUGUGUGCAUGUGUCUUCAACGAUGUUGUAGCAUAAUUUGACUGUAAUAAUUUGACAUUUGUAAAUACCCCAUGUAAAUGAGUACAUUUUGUAAACCCACUUAUUUAUUUAGAAAAAAGUGUGUAUAUUUUCCAAACGUUAGCUAGUUGAUAUUUUAGAAGCAUUUGUUAAAAAUGCUCCUUUGCUGAAAUGUACUGUUGAAAAGAAUGACGAGCAUGAAGAAAGGUAUUGACAAUUAUGAUACUCUUUAUGUAAAUUAUGAGCAAAUAUGAUUAUGAAUAUUAAUAUUUGAUUACACUCUGUUAAGCAUGUAUCAGGUUAACGAUAUAUGGUAUACACAGCUUUAAUGCCUUCUCUACAAUAUUGAGUAUUCCUAUCUUGAGUAUAAAGCAUGUAAACACAUAAACAUUAGUCUGAUACAAGAAUAGAAACUUAUGUGUACUGUGCAUCGGGGUGUAAGUUACAAAUAUUUAACUGAUAUCAACCCCGCUUCUAAUGGAAAGUUUUAAUUAUUUUCUAUUUUUUUGAGAGGCAAACAAAUGCUAAAAUUAAUAUUACCCAUUUGCAAAACAAACAGUCAUUUUUUUAUGAUAUCUAACCACUUAACUAAAGCAUAUUUAUUUUUCACAUAAAUUAUAUGACGCCAAUUGAUCUAAUCUGAAAAUAAUUUAUUUUGAUGGAUUUUAACUUCUUUAUACUUUCAAUGCAGUGUUUAGUACAGGUGCUUAGUAUGAAGAAAGUGCUUAUUUUUAUCAAAUUCUGAUGAUCCAAGAUGUAUUUCAAGGCGUCUAGCUGAUGCUCAGACUGGGGUAUACAAUACGCUUAUUACUUGUAGCACUGGGAGCCUCAUUCUGACAUCAGUGUUAACAAUGACAGAGGGGUCAUGGCAGUACAGACAAGUAAUUUUGAGAACCAAAGAAUCAUUUGAGCGAUUACUUAGAUAACCUUGAAAACAACCCGUAGAGGUAUUUAAUGUAUGUCUCUAUGA